GGGAAGGUGGGCCUCACCCUGGGGGAGGGCGAGGAGGAACUUCCUGCCCCCGCGAGCUCCGAGGCUCUGAGCGCGCGGCUGGGAGGCGGAGGCGCGUCAAGGUCAGCCUGGACUGGGGCGGCAGCCUGCCUGGGGGCGGGAGACCCUCCUGGGGGACUGGGCUGCGGCCUCCAAGCGCCUCGGCCAUAUUGAAAAGACACGGCUGAAGCGCCUUUGUCUGCAAAGUCCUCUCUCAAGUUCCCAGCGCGUCCCUGCUGUGUGCUGGCAGCCCGCACGCCACAGUCUGGAGCCCGGACACCACGUUUGCAGCUUGCCGUGGGCUUUUAGCGUCAGAUUGACCUUACCCCGGCUCACGUAAGCAUCCGGGCAAUUGAUUCCCACCAGCCCUUGGGGGGGGCCGGAUUUGGUCAACACUGGACUUGUUGCAGGAGGAGAAACUGGGUUUCUGGGGAGGUGAGACUCUGGUCAGUCCUGCUGGAACCCCACCUGCACCCCCAAGACUCAAGGGUACUUGUAGUUUGGGCUCAUUGCCCACACUUCAGAUUUCACCCUGGAGAUCUUGAAGACCCUCGAGAAAAGCCAUGUUGGGGGCUGGUUUCCCUGGGGCUUCCUCCCAUCCCCCGACUGUCUGAUCCUCUGGAGCGUCCCAGAUGUCUGCAAAGAUGUGGAUUUGGACGUCCUCGUGGAAGCCUUGAAGCCCGUGGGGACCUUUAAGAAGAUCGGCAAGGUGUUCCGCAGGGAGGAGGACUCCACGGUGGGGAUGCUGCAGAUCGGGGAGGAUGUCGACUACUUGCUCAUCCCCCGGGAGGUCAGACUGGCGGGAGGCGUCUGGAGGGUCAUUUCCAAGCCCGCCACCAAGGAGGCGGAAUUUCGGGAGCGCCUGGCCCAGUUUCUGGAGGAAGAAGGCCGCACUCUGGAAGACGUGGCCCGCAUCAUUGAGAAGAGCACUCCGCACCCACCCCAGCCCCCCAAAAAGUCCAAGGAGCCCCGUGUGAGGAGGAGAGUCCCGCAGCUGGUGACCCCUCCCCCCAGGCUGGUCGUGGGCACCUAUGACAGCAGCAAUGCCAGUGACAGUGAAUUCAGCGACUUCGAGACCUCCAGACACAAGGGUAGUAAGGGCCACAAAGGCUCCAGGCGCGGCAAGAGAGUGCGCAAAAUGCCCGUCAGCUACCUGGGCAGCAAAUUCCUUGGCAGCGACCUGGAGAGCGAGGAUGAUGAGGAACUGGUAGAGGCCUUCCUCCGGCGAGGGGAGAAGCAGCCCAGUGCACCACCUGCCCGCCGCCGGGUGAACCUGCCAGUGCCCAUGUUUGAGGACAACCCCAGGCCCCAGCUGUCGAAGGCGGACAGGUGGCGAGAGUAUGUCAGCCAGGUGUCCUGGGGCAAGCUGAAGCAGAGGGUGAGGGGUUGGGCACCAAGGUCCAGCCCUGGGGUGGGCGAGGCCCGGCAGGCCUCUACCAGGGUGGAGAGGGAUGGGCCAUCGGUGCCAGGCAGCGUCAGCCGGGCGGGUAAUGUGGGGAACACUGGAGAUGGACGGGUGCCUGAGACCUCCCCCAGACGGUGGAGGCCCAAGAUCAACUGGGCCUCCUUCAGGCGUCACAGAAGGGAGGAAACAGCACCCACAGCCCAGGGGGCAGAGGCUGCAGAUAAUCAGAGGGCAGAGGCUGCAGAUGACCAGGGGACAGAGGCUGUGGAUAAUCCGAGGGCAGAGGCUGUGGCUAAUCCGAGGGCGGAGGCCAGGGCUGUCCACAGGGCAGAGGCCAGGGCUGUCUGCAGGGCAGAGGCUGCAGAUAAUCAGAGGGCAGAGGCUCCAGUUGUCCAGGGAGCAGAGGCUGCAUCUGAGGGGGCGGAGGUCAUAGCUGCUCAGGGGGUAGAGGCUGCACAUAAUCAGAGGGCAGAGGCCCCGGCUGUCCAGGAAGCUGAAGCCUCGGCUGCCCGGGGGGGCACCAGGGCAACCCCAGGAGCUAGGGCCCGAAAACAGGUCAAGACAGUGAGGUUCCAAACCCCUGGACGCUUUUCAUGGUUUCACAAGCGCCGGAGAGCCUUCUGGCAUGCUCCGCGGCUGCCAGUCCUGCCCAAGAGAGUCCCCAGGGCAGGCGAGGCCAGGAGCCUCAGGGUGCUGAGGGCUGAGGCCAGAGCAGAAGUGGAACAGGAAGAGCAAGAAGACCAGCUGUGAGGUGAGGGCAGGGGGACCACGGAGCAGCCAGCGAUCCGCCACUCGGGGAGCAUCCCCCCCCUCACUUGGACGAAGGUGUUCUUUCUGCCUCCACGCUUGAAAAGGAGUUGGAGUGCGUGUCAGGCGGUGCCCCUCACAUCUCCACCACCCCUCUUCCCUUUCGUGUUGAAUUGUAUCUUUCAUGUAUUGAUUUUUUACAUACAGACUCUUUCUCGUAACCCAGUGAAUGUAAAGAAAGAAAUCCAUGCAGUGGGGUCGCCUCACCGUGAUUUUAACUAAGAUGCAGCUCGAGGUGCUCAGCUUGAAAAAGGGAGACAGAGGAGCAGUUUUCCUCUCCCCCUUUCCCUUCUCCCUUUCUCCUGCACACUCAACACUGACCGCCUCCUUGAACUUAAAAAGAGAGCACACGCCAACAUAAGAAUAAAAAUGUUUACAAAUUUA